AAGAAUUUCACUUGCUUUAUCUGGCACAAAAUUCUUUGCUGCUUCCAAGCAGUCCAUAGGUAUGAAACACAGAAAAGUUGUCUCUGAUUACUCCGGACCAAUGCCUCUCCAUUCAGAUAUAAAAUUAUCAAAUGUAAAAGCUACUCUUGCCAUAGACAAUUCACCUUGAAGCCCAAGUAAAGUCUCUACUCAGGAGGCUGUUUCUGUCGUCCGCUCAAGUUUGCCCAAGAUGUCUAUAAUCUCUGAAAAGACCCUCCAAGAAGCGGAGGAUUCUUGUUCAGAGAGACCACCUUCUAAGAAAUACAAAAGAGCUAGAAGUAUUACUAAGAUCAAAAUUCGGAAGUAUCCAAGUUUCCGGAAACCCCCACAUAGGCUAGAAGAGGUGACUAAUAGGUCGAUUAUCCUCCAGGCUGACAAAUUGAUGAAACAGACCAUCACUGACAGAGACAAGAACUAUGAUUCUGAAAUUGAGUUCCACAAUCGGACUAUCUCUUCCAAUGAUUUGAAGCCAAUUCGGCAUGAAAAGAGUAAUAUCUCUAGCAAGGAGUAUUCCAUGUCUAUUAUAAAGACAUUUAAGUGCUUACAGGAUGCACCAGCUGGGCAUGACUACCUAUAUAACAAGAGAAAGCUAAAAUACAAUUUACUCUCAUUACUUCGAAAAGAGAAGUACAUUAAAACCCCAAAAGAUUUGAAGGAGUUUUCUCUGCUCAGUAUUCCAAGGAUAGAGGCUCAGAUCCAGGACCCCAGUAUGAAAAGAUAACUGAGCACUCUCUAAAGAAGAAGUUGUGCGUGAAGUCAAUGCAGCAAUAUAAGUAUGCA